AGUCUGACGACAUCACACCAAUCUGCUGAUUGGUGUCAGCUGUGAUGCUGCAAUGCAUGCUGGGGAACCAGAGCCCGGGCCAUUUCCUGUGAGGUUUAGCAGCAACAUGACAGUAGUUUCUAGGCGCUGCUGUGGUCAGCGUGUCACUGCCUCGAGUCAGACAGAGUGCAUUAUGGGACGGAAGAUGCUGCUGCUCCUCUCUCUGCUCGCUGCUCUCGAGUUGCCCCCGGUGGUGUUUGGUGGCCAUGCCGGAGGUUCGAUGCCGGGCUCUCCGUUCAACGUGAGCAGGAACGACCGUGGCCUGCAGCAGGUGGUCCUCGCCGCCGCGUACUCCUUCAACAACCAAUCAGACGACGCCUUCCUCUUCAAACCCUCGGUCAUCCUCAGAGCGCAGAGACAGGUGGUCCGGGGCCUGAAGUACAUCGUGGACUGGAACAUCUCCAGGACCGUGUGCCGUAAACGGGACGACAGCGAUCUGUCCGACUGUGACUUCCAGCCUGCAGGACGGCUGCACCAGACGUUUGUGUGUCACACCGAGGUCUGGCUGAUCCCCUGGCUGAACCAGACCAAGACGCUCCAGUUUCACUGUGGACCCUGAAACCAACCAACCAACCAACCAACCAACCAACCACACACCUGUUCUCUCCUCUCACUCAAUAAAAUCAGUCUUUGGAUGUAGAAUCAGUUGUUCAGCAGAUUUAUUUCUGUAUUUACAAAAAUCCUUUUUUGUCUCCAAAUCUACUUUUUCAGUCUCAACCCCUCUGUGUGUUUACAUGUUAUCAGGGAUGGACUGGGGCUAAAAAAACAGCCCUGGACUUUCUCCCAAAUAGACCCAUCAUCAUCUGGCCAUUCGCCCCUAGUUGGUACCAUGUUUACAACUAAACCCUCUCUGUAGAGACAGGUGUUCAGGCUUUUGCUGAGGGUGGUAAGCAAAAACUAGUUCCAGGCUGUGACUAUCUGACCUGGGCCGUGUGAA